AUGGAAUUUUAUUGGUGGAUUAUCAUAGCUAUAGUAAUUAUAGUAAUUGUGAUUCUUGGUAUUAUUAUAAAAUAAAAAUGUGUUGCAAGCAAGCUUUCAGAAAGUAAUAAAGAAUCCAAUAAAGAAUAGUUAAUAAAAAAGUAAGGUGAAAUGAAAAUUAUUAGGGAUGAUUAAAAAAUUAAUUCAUUGAACAAUAAUCCUUUCAAUCAAAGCUUAUAAAAAUAAGUUUUAGAGAAUCCUCCUUACGUUUAAGUAGAACCACCCAAGAUUUAAAAUAAUAGAAAUGCAGGAAAAGAAUAAUAGAAUCAAUAUAAAUUUUAAUACUAAAAUAAUUAACCUUAAGAUGAUUAUACUAAAAUUCCAUCAAAUAAUCCUUAAAAUGUUAAUUAUGAAAAGAAUGAAAAUUAAGUAAUAGUGCAAUAAGAAAAGUAAAAUUAGAAAGAAAUAUCUAACCUCUCCAAAAACUAGGAAAAUAAGUAAGAUCAGAAGCCAUAAUAUACUAAUAUUUAAGAGAAUAAUACAAAAAAAUAUAUCUAAGAUCACAUAGCAAUAUAAAAUAAUAAUUAAAUUGAUGAAAAGUAAUAAAAUAGUUUUUAACCACUAAUUUAAUAAAGUAAUGAGGAUGUCGAAUUAAAAAAUAAUCAAGAUAAUGAGUUAAUUUCUUAAAAAUAGAACAUUAAAAAUGAGAAUUAAUAUAAUCUAUUAAAUUAUGAAUAAUAAAGAUCAUAAAAUAAAGACUUUGAAUAAGAUUAAGUGAUAUAAAAUAAUUUAGAAUAAUAAUAAAAAAAUAAUAAAGUAAAUGGUUAGCAGAUUAAUCAAAAUAAUAAUAGUUUUAAAUUUUUUUCUAACUCUACAUUUAAAAACAAACUUAUUUUCGACUGUAUUAUUGGUGAUGUUAAAUCUGUAAGUUAAAAUAAAAAUAAUAAUUAAGAUGAGAAGAUUAAGAAAAGUAAUUAAAAUUAAGAGUAAGUUGUAAUAGAUAAUAAGGGAUUGUUACUUCUAUAAAAUAUAAUAGAUGAAACUUCUAAAAAAAGAUAAAUAGCAGAUGAAUUCAAACCUUACAUAAGACAAUUGUAGGAGAAAUCAGAUCUAAAAAGAAAUUAUGGCCUUACAUUAAUAGCAAGUUCAAAGUUAUACUAAUAUUGUAAUGCAUUUAGAGAAGUGAGAGGAGAUGGAAAUUGUUUUUAUACUGCUUUUGGAUAUUAAUUCUUAUGUAUUUUAUUAUUUGAAUAUACAUUUGAUUAAUUUUAAGAAUUCAUAGAUAAAAUUAGAAAAAGUGAUUUACCUAUGAAAAUAUUUGUUACUGACAAAGAUUUGAAGAUUGAUGAUAAAUAAUUAGAAAAAUAACUAUUAGAAGAAUUUUUAAAUAGAUUAACUAAAUUAAAAUAAAUUGAUGAUAUAACUUAAAGAUAAGAUUCAUUUAAUACUUAAUUUGCUGCUUAUGAAAAAUAAUCAGAAGAAAUUGAUGGUUG